AACCCGGCUUUCCGGUCCGGGGAGGGCCGCAUCCCCUGCACUUUGGGUCCGGCCCGCCUGCUCGGGCUCCCGAACGCCCUUGCGCCGCCCUCGACCCGCUGCCAACGGCCUGUGCAGCUCGCGGUGCAGUCUCCCCUGGAGCGACCCUAUAGGCCAGCCCGCCGACCAUGCCUGCGGGCGUGUCCUGGACGUCCUACCUGAAAAUGUUCGCCGCCAGUCUCCUGGCCAUGUGCGCCGGCGCGGAGGUGGUGCACAGGUACUACCGGCCGGACCUGACAAUACCCGAAAUUCCACCAAAGCCCGGAGAACUCAAAACAGAGCUUUUGGGAUUGAAAGAGCUACAACAAGAACCUCAAGAUCCAACUCUGCCAAGAACUCUGUGAAUAGCAGUGUGAGAGUUAAAUGUGCAUUUUUAAAAUUCAUUGCGUCAAACUACUUGUUAAGCACCCAGUACAAUGCUGACUGAAACAGGAAGUGCUCCAUAGAUGUUAACUGAUACAUUGAGAUUUAAUUAUGGUUUGACCAGUGUUUCUUGAAAACUGCCAAAGCUUUCAUCAUUGCUUUCUUUAAUGUGGUUUGAUAAAUACUUUUUUUAGGGCUGCACCUCUGGCAUAUGAAAAUUCCCAGGCUAGGCAGGGAUUGAAUCAGAGCUAUAGCUGCCAGCCACAGCAACACCAGAUCCGUGCCUCAUCUGCGACCUACACCACAGUUCACGGCGGUGCCAGAUCCUUAACCCACUGAGCGGGGCCAGGGAUUGAACCUGCAUCCUUUUGGAUCCUAGUCAAGUUCUUUAACCUCUGAGCCACAAUAGGAACUCCCAAUAAAUACUUAGUCUUGAAUAUCAUGUGAGAUAGAAUUUUGCAGUGUCUCCUGCCCUUACAAUUCUGGUUUAUUUCUCUGAAUAAGCUUAACUAUAAUGGCAAAUGAGAAUUAUAAAUUAAGUAUAAUAAAAAUGACAUUGACCAUGAAAGCUUAUGGUGAGAAUUUAAUAUUUCUCUAAAUUUUGGAAAGUACUGUUUGUACUAAACUGAAUUCAGUUGAAAUAUUUACAUUCUGAAAUUUUUUUGAAACUGUUUACAUAACAAAAUUAAAAUAAUUGUGACUUGGACAGUCCAAGCUCUUUACCCUCAAAUUGGAGAAACCAUUCGGCAUUUCUCUUGUAACAUGUAAAGUGACAGAUAAACUUAAAUGAGUAUGGUUAUGGGUUGAAUUGUACCCCCCGAAAAGUUGUUGAAGUCCUAACUCCCAGUACCUGUGAAUGUGUAUUUGAAAAUAGGGUCUUUGCAAAUAUAAAGAUGAGGUCAUAGAGUUGGCCCUAA